AUGACUUCUCAAGACCACAAGAAGAUGACGUCCACCUUCAUGUCCAACUACAUUCUUGGCAUGGUAAGUGCCCAACCAACUAUCCCUAUUUCCCUCAUACAAGAGAGGAUAAGUGGUCAGCUCAAUUAUAAGGUAUCAUACUUUAAAGCUUGGAAGGCGAAGCAAAAAGCACUUGCUCGCGUGUUCGGUGAUUGGGAGGAGUCUUACGACCUGCUCCCUAGGUGGUUGGAAUAUAUGCUGAGGUUUUCCCCUGGAUCCCAUUACGAGUUUGUCACAACUGACUAUAAGGACCAGUAUGGCAAUGUUGUUCCUGAUUUCAAGAAAUUUGGUCGAGUGUUUUGGACGUACAAACAAUGUUGUGACGCAUUCAACUAUUGCAAGCCAAUGAUACAAAUUGAUGGCACAUUCCUCUACGGAAAGUAUAGUGGAACUUUGCUUAUUGCCACGACACAGGACGGGAACAGUAAUGUGUUGCCUUUAGCUUUUGCAAUUGUGGAGGGAGAAACACUCGGUGCUUGGACGUGGUUUCUUCGUCUGAUGCGUGUGCAUGUCACCAGGAAACAAGGGAUAUGUCUAAUAUCAGACAGACACGCCAGCAUUCUCUCAGCAGUGGGGAAUCCGUCUAACGGGUGGCAGCCACCAAACGCUUAUCAUGUGUAUUGCAUUCGGGCACGUUGCCAGUAA